CAUGCGGUUGGCCAAGGCCCGCCCAUUCCCCCGCUGGUCAGAGGGGGGAGGAGCCAGUGUAGGAAGUGUGUCUGUGUGUGAGUGUGUGACACGGUGUGAGUGUGUGUGUGCGUGUGAAUGAGCUGUGUCCUCUGCCGUGUCCUACACUCACAGCCCAAGCACAGGAGGGAGCUGCUGCUCACACUCACUGUAUGGGCAAGUUAGUGCGCUCAGAGCCAUGGAACCGGCUGCACAUGUCAUAAGCCUGCCUGUGCAUACAUGAUCCUGCUUACACACGGGUGCUGUGCCCGCACACACUUGCGGCAGUGCGCUAUAGGGUGAGGGUGACUCGGGGACCACUGGACACCAGCAGCGGGAUGACACCAGGAGCCUGAGAUGAUACGUAGAUUAUAACCACUGUAAAGACAGCAUUGGUCCCACCACCUGUCAGCACAGGGUGUCUGACUCAGCCCACACCAACCGGAGUAGUGUUGUUGCCUUCAUGUGUAUCUCUUUGUGAGUGUCUACAUGCACAAGAAUACAUCUUUAUCAUGUCUUCUCGUGACAGACGCCCUGAUCUCUGCAUCAAGGCAGAACCGGGGACCCCAGAGAGCAUCGGGCGCCGGAGUCCUAGUGGCUCCAGUGAUAGCAGUGGACAUGGGCCUGACCCGCAGGGUCCACGCUGCUGCAGAGUUGGGGAUGAUGAACAGGAGGAUACCCCAGGAAGGGGUAAAUACGUCCUAAACGCUAUUCCCAAAAGGCUAUGCCUUGUGUGUGGCGACGUGGCUUCAGGAUAUCACUAUGGAGUGGCCUCAUGUGAAGCUUGCAAAGCUUUCUUCAAGCGUACCAUACAAGGUAAUAUUGAGUACAGUUGCCCUGCCACAAAUGAGUGUGAAAUUACCAAAAGAAGGCGGAAGGCGUGUCAAGCUUGUCGCUUCACUAAAUGCCUCCGGGUGGGCAUGCUUAAGGAAGGUGUGCGUUUAGACCGCGUAAGGGGAGGUCGGCAGAAGUACAAGAGAAGACCAGAUGGAGAUAUUCUACAGUAUACACCAGGGGGACAGUCUCAGCAAAGUACAGCAACGGUUGUCAAAAAACAAGCUCCCAUGAACACUGUAGUCUCACAUCUGCUGGUGGCAGAGCCAGAUAAGCUGUUUGCUAUGCCUGACCCAGCACUUCCUGAUGGCUACCUGAAGUCCAUGAGCACAUUAUGUGACCUUGCUGACCGAGAGAUUGUCAUCAUCAUCAGUUGGGCCAAGAACAUCCCAGGUUUUUCCUCUCUUUCUUUAUCGGACCAGAUGAGUCUUUUGCAAAGUGUCUGGAUGGAGGUGCUUCUGCUGGGUGUUGUUUUCCGCUCACUACCAUAUGAAGAUGAAGUUGUGUUUGCUGAGGAUUUUGUAUUGGAUGAGGAAUCUUCUCGUUCUGUCCGUCUCUCAGACCUCUGUUCCUGCGUCCUGCACCUGGUACGCAAGUAUCGGGCCUUGCGUGUGGAGAGAGAAGAAUAUGUCAUGCUGAAGGCUCUUACCCUAACAAACUCAGACUCCGUGCACAUUGAAGAUCCAGAUGCAGUUCUACGUCUCCGUGAUGCUCUACAGGAAGCACUUAGCGAGUACGAGUCAAAUCGUCACCCCGAGGAACCCUGUCGUGAUGGGAAAUUACUUCUCACGCUCCCCCUAUUGCGACAGACUGCUGGCCGGGUCCUCCAACACUUCCAUGCCCUACGAGAAGAAGGGACUGUCCCUAUGCAUAAGCUCUUCCUGGAGAUGCUAGAGGCUAUGAUGGACUAAAAUGGAAUGGAGAUAGUGAAGCUAUUAUAACAGGAGAACCAUGUCACUUCCUCAUAAUGCUACAGUACAUAGAAUCUUUGUAACGCAAGCAGGGACUAACUUAAUGAAUUUGCAAAUCAAGUGUUUUUUUUUUUUUUUUCCUUUCCAACCACAAUUUCUUCCUGGAAUAGAUUCUAGACUGAUGAGGAAUAUACUACAGGUGGAGGCACAUGAAGCUGUGCUUUGGCUAAAUAGAGCCAUGGACAUUCACAGCUUAAGAGAUCUGUUCAAUAUAUAGCCAUGUGGCAUGGACUAGUGGGAGAAGGUGUGUUCCCUGGAUCCUUCAUCCCAAGAUCUGUAUUAUGGCUGUAUUCCUGUUUAAUUAAGCAAUGUGCUAAUAUCCUAUGGUAGGAUAAGCAAACAGUAAGAAGAUCUGUGAGUCUUUCGAUCCCUCAAGUGUACUCUUGAGCCAUAAAUUACUCCCUAUAAGCAAUAGGGCACAUCACACAACUGCUGUAAUAUAAGUUGGUGGCUUGUGUCCCUCUUUCUCUUACUGAUCUGCAUUGUGUAUGACUUCAUGCCAGUUAAUUCAUUUUAUUGUUAAUGAAAAUCUGCCUCAGUCAUUUAUUAGGUGACGGUUUUGAAAUGAUCCUAUGCUUUUGGAUGUGCAGUCCUGGUAAGGACACUGGUUCCUAGAUGGCAACGCAUUAUACUGUAUUGUUGGGAUUGCACAUGCUGUUUGGGGUAUGCAUUUUCAGCUGGGCUUUUACAUUUAUUUUUGGCAAAACAAAUUCUUGCUGCUGUGUAGAAGUUCUAUUUGUGACUCUAGGGUUUUUCAGACUGUAGGUAUAUUUUAGUGCUUGUGGUUUACCCUGCACCUAUACUGACAGUUAAGCAACACUCUAGGAAUAGUCAAUCCCUAUUCAUUAUGCUUAGAUUAACUCAAACUAGAACACUGACUGUGGAUGGUCUAUUCCAUCAUACACUUACUAUUAUUCAAUAUUACGCUGUACUUUCAUAAGUGAUCUCUAUUUAUAUCAACUUUUCAUUUUUAUAGGAUCCAUGUGUGCCCUAUGGGGGAAAAAUUGCUAAAUACGGCAAUCUAACACUUGAGAGUAACUUGAAUUUUAUGUAAUUUCUCCUUAAAAUGUAACCUGGUACUCUGCACUUACUGUAUCAAUGGGCUUAAGAGAUAGCACCACCCAGCUCUGAAAAUUCAGUUUUUGGGCGAGUUCAAUAAUGAAAGUAAAGUUUACUUUAUUGGUAUCACCCACUGGAUGUAAGGUGCAUGCACACUAUGCAAUAUCGCAUACGAGCUGGCUGAUAUCAGCCGGUUCCUUACGAUAUUGUGUUUGAUAUUCGCUCCUGCGGGUCCUAUGCUGCAUCGCACGUUGGACCUACAUGCAAGUCUGACAUGCGUGUUGCUUUCAAGGGUCAUGCUUUCGAAUGCAGCAUGGCCCCACCACUGCCGCAGCUACCAUUGGCAAGCGUGUAUACACUUGCAGAUAUGCCAGCCACACCACCGGGUCCCGUCGCAGACAAUGUCACAUCUAAUGAACAUUGUCCUAGUGUGUAUAUAGCCUUAGAGAUCAAUCAUGCUCCUAUCAGGUCUGCUAAGGUGGACCUUUCUAUAGACAAAAAUAUUACCACUAUGGCUUCUGUGUGAGCUGGUCAUCAUUCACAUGAGUGAGAGGGUUAUGCUGCCACCCAGGGGUAGGAACCUGUGGCAGAAGACAUCCAGCAAGACCUAACAGCAAAACAGUGGCAGGGAAUGCUGGAAUGUGUAGUUCAACAGCAGUUGGGAGUGCCACAGGUUACUUAGCUCUGUUGUAAGCCUUCCUUGAAAAUCCCAACUCCAUCUUGGGCACAGAAGAUUGUUUCUGCCAUGUGUAAUAAAUAAUGCUAUGACAUAAAAUGUGCCAGUCUCCCACGGAGGAGUGAAUCAUGACACAACACACAUUAUGUGGCAGAACUGGCCUUUGCCACAGAUGCAUGAUGUUGUAAAGAGAAUACUGGAGUGUCCUUUUUUCCUUCACCAUUUGGCAUGGUAGAGUUAAGAGUUUCUUAGAAUUUUAUACUUUAUGAUCAGAGCAACACAGCCAAUCAUUUUGCUGUAGGACUGGUACCACCAUGCUGAUCUCAGAGGGUGAAAUGUGAGAAACGUUGCAGCCCAAUGAGGAACAAGGCGAAUGUUUCGUCAAAAUGUUUUGAAAACUUUGCUCAUCUGUUCAAGCUACUUUUUUGUUAAAACCCACCAUUGAUAGUGGGGUCUCAUAAAAGCUAUAGCCUUUCAAAUAUAAUCUCUCUGCAAAGUCUCUAAAUGCAGCUGAAUAUAGACUUAGGUGCUAUACAACACUAGUGGAUGAAUGUGAACAUCUUCCUUAAAAUAUCUUUUGUAACAUUGGGCUUUUUCUCUAUAAAGAACAUUUAUACACAAAGAACAACAAAAUAAGGAUAAGCGGUCAUAAUAAAUAUAUAAACACAUAUACACACCCCUUCAUGGUUUACCACAAAAUCUGUUCGGCAGAGCCAUGUGCAGGUUUUAUAACAUAUCGAAAGGACAACUGCAUCAUGUAAUUAUAUAACUUUCAGACCUGGACCUUUGAGCUAACAUACAUUGCUCAGUGUUAACCCAACACUUCACUGGAGCAUGGUUAAUAUAUACAUUACAACACUUUGUCAUUUUGAAUAGCUGAAUUGCUUCCCACAUCAUAAUAUAUAUCUAAUGGAUAUGACACAGGUCAAAAAGCUGAAAGUCAGUUAUAUGAAGUAUAUAACCCACAUAGUGUGCUUCUAAGCGAGUAAUUCAAAACUAGCUAUUCUCAAAUGUCCUCCAACAGGCAAUAUUUUCAGCAUUUCUGUGUAGGAAAACAUGGGAUAAUUACUGACUUACCUGUGAAUGACUAGAACUCCAAACUUAGAGGCCCAACAGGUACCAUUUUGUGUGUGUUUUUUUUAUUUUAAAGAGUUGGAUAUUAAAUCCCAGCAAUCAGGAUCCCAACAGCGGAAUCCAGUUGGCUUCCCAACCCCAGUACUUACCUCUGGGAUCCCACUGGCGGUCUCCUAUCGGGAUCCCAAAUGCUGGGAGUUUGAUCGUUAGAACAGGAUGCGGUCACUGUUCAAUUUGAGAAACACCUAUCUCCAACCACAAGCACUGACAGAGAAGAUGAUUAACAUAUUGAAAAUGAGACUUCAUUAGGUAUCUUUAAAUAAUACAAAAGUCACCAUUAAGUUGCUGGUAAUAUUUUGUUAUAAUUAACAAGCUUUUUUUUUGGCUACAGAAACAUCACACUAAUAAUUUAUAGUGAUUUUCAAACUCUGUACAGUAUGCUUUUGAAAUAGCAAUACAGUACAAGGAACAUUUGUGGAUCUGUAUGUCAUUUUACCAUCUGUGUGAAUGGACAUAUUUACUGUAAAAUAGAAACAGUUCGUUUUAAAAUUAGAUUUCCCAAGCAGCAAAAGGUAACCGUACAAACAGUAUAAAAUCUCAAAUUGAUGAAGACAAUGGAGUAUAUUUACAAAGUGGCUGGUUUGAGCUCAGAAUUUAAAAUCAACACAACAGGCUUUGCACUUAGUAUUAGUGCUACUUAGAAGCAGGUUCAAUUAGCCAAAUUAUUCAAUCAUGUAUCGCCUCAGGAGCUGCAAAGACAAAUCCACAUUAAUGCACCCCCUGGGACUUAACACACAGAGCAACCCAUAGCUUCCGGGCAUGUAACCUGAAAUCUGUUUGCUAACCCACGUUAGUCAUGGGUUUACCACGGAGGGAAAUGGCAUAAUAAAUGCCACAGCUAACUGUAUCUGUCCAUACAAAUUUUGAGAUCAGAGCUGAAGACUUAACAUAAUAUACUCUUAUUAUUACCUUACAAGAAAUUAGUUUCUAAUUUUAACAGCUUAAAGUUUAAAAAAUAAACUGUAAAUUACUUAAGAGCUGUUUAGCAUGGCCUGGUAUAUAGCUGUGGUACCUAUGUCUUUUUAAGGAUCAAUCCUAUUUUUUUGUCUUUGUGCUUCUGUUUAUGAGUUACAGCUCUGAACUACCAUGACAACCACAGUUGCAUGGCAAUAAUGCACUAAGAAGAUGUGUUGGAACACCUAUCUAAGCUUUUUCUACACUGGAUUGUCUUUUUCCCCACCUGCCAUCACAUAACAUGAUGGGAGCUGUUAGCCUCCACAAACUGAUUGCGUCUUGUAGCCAUUUGCUCUCCAGAGAGAUUUUGAAAGGAGAUAACGAUUUGUUGGAGGAUAGUUAAGACAAAUGACUAUCAGGUGCAUGUUUAAAAAUAGAACUUGCUAUUUAAAAGUAAAGAAAUCAAAUUUAUGUGGAAUUGCUUCUAAAAUGCCAGAUGGUUUUGCCAUACAUUUUCAGAGCUAAGAAAUAACAUUUCUGUUAUAAUUAUAUGGUCCUGGUGCAAAAAAAAAAAAAAACACCAUCUACAAGAUAAGUCCUAUAUGAAAGCAUUCAAGUAUAUAAAUUUCUACUUUUUCUUAUCUAUUCUGAUUCCUUUAUAGAGCGGGGUAUAAAGUAACCAAACCCAUGUGUGAAAAUAAAUCACAUUUGCUCACAGUCCGCAACCCAGUUCUGCCUAUGGAACAGUCUACACAAUGCUCAUGAAGAGAUCAUCCUUAGGGUGUGUACACACGGUGAGAUCCUUGCUAUGCCCGAUUUUCACUUGUGAUUUCCCUUGAGCUCCCUGAAGCCCAGAUAGCACAGAUUUUGACUAACUUUUCUUGAGAUAUGGACUGUGUGUGCUUAAGAUUUUGGCUUAUGUGAGAUGUCAUUGACAUGUGAGAUGAACUAGAUAGUACACCGAUCUAGCAAGGAUUGACUUGUCUGCACAGUCUAUCUUUUCUUGCGAUGCCGACCUGGCGGGACCGCGCAUCGGGAUCGAAUCGGGGUCGCAAGAUGACUUUCACCUUGCGAUCUGCACUAACUUUUCUUUCGAUUUUGACUAUAUAGUCAAAAUCGAAAGAAAAUAUCUCACCGUGUGUAGACACCCUUACUAAGCCAAACACCUAGAAACUGUUCAUUAAAUAGUAAAAAAAUAAUAAUAAAUAUGUAAAUUAAUGCUGCGUUUAACCACUAUCAGGCAUUAUUUUUACAAUGUGGACUUUUUUUUGGCAGAUCUGACUUACUGCCACAUGAAUCCUGCCUUAUGUGUUGUUUGUUUAAGGUCUGUCUGCUUUUACUUGUGUGAAAGACAAAACCAUGUGGGCUUUGGAUAAGAGGGAAUUCUUGUGUCAUUAGAUCUGUAACACAGAGAACAAUGGAGUCUGGACCUUGUAAUUUUGAUUUAAUUCUAGUUUUGCAUUGUCUUUUACUGUAGUUACACUACAUGCUGCUCCUUUGUGGCUCUGUCCUCACCCUCAUUCUGGGUUAUGAGGCAAUGGUUCCUGUAUUAAUUGUCUUCUGAACUGUGAUUUCUGUAACCCAUAUUGCUAUGCCUCUGUACCGGCUUAGCAAUUUGGUUUUUGUAGCCAUAAUCAUUCUAUGUGCACUCUACACCUGUAUAUAGGAACUAUAGUAUAACAUGCAAAUGUAACAUACCUCAUCGCUUAUAAACCUAUCUACAGAUUACUGUAUACAAUUAUGGCUCUAGAGGGCCUGGACUGCAAUAAACAUCAGGGAGAUUUCA